UCUCCUUACCAGUCUCCUCUCUACUCCUAUGCUCUGUUUUUGUUGUUUAAGGUCGCCUGUCUCAUCUUAGCACUAAAUCUUCUGCGUGAAACGGAGCACAUGAGGCUUUUCUCUCGUCUCUCCUCUUAUCUCACCUUAACACUCAUUGUUUUUUCUCGCUGCUUUUGGCCUCCACUUCACUUCCAUCCAUCCCUUCAUCUUUUCCCCUAUCCCUUCUGGUCUUUUUCUGCCCCUCGCUGUGGAACUAAAUCCUAACACUGACACCCCAGGAGUCCUUGCAGAUGUCCGCAGCCUGGCGCUGAAGCGGGCGCUUGCCAGCAGCCCAGAUGCAUUUGCGACUCUUUGCCAUUGUGAUAUCGUUGCUGUGUGAGGUGAUCAGGAUGGGGUCCGGGGUCCUGCAGAGGCAAAGUGCCCACAGGGAGACAUCAGAGGACUGUCAGAGCUGUCUGGAGUGUUCCCGUGACAACGGCUGUGUGCGUUGCCCAGAGCGACUCUUCCUAUUCCUGCAGAGGGAGGGGAUGUCGCACCACGGGACCUGUCUCCACGCCUGCCCUUCUGGACACUACGGGCAGAGAGGGAAGGACAUCAGCCGCUGCAUGAAGUGCCGCUCUGUGGAAUGUGAGCACUGUUUCAGCCGAGACUUCUGCACCAAGUGUAAGCCCGGCUUCCAGCUGUACAAAGGCAAGUGUCUGACCAGCUGCCCAGAAGGGACCUUCGCCCACCAAACAGACUGCCUAGAGGACUGUGACCAGGCUCCACUACGAGAAUGGAGCGAAUGGAGCACCUGUCUCCGUAACAACGUCACCUGUGGCUUCAGGUGGGGCAAGCAGACCAGGACCCGAGGGGCUGUGCAGCCUGGGAGAAGGGCGGAGGAGAAAGCCACUUUGCUUUGCCCGUCCCACGCUGAGACGCAGAGGUGCAGAAUGAAAAAAAAGUGUCCCACAGAAAAAAGAAUGAACAGAAAAGAGGGACGUGGAAAAAAGAGGGAGAAGAAGCGGCUACAGGUCGACGACGUGGCUACCAGCUCGCCCAACAGAACAAGAGACACCACCGGAGAGCAUGGAGAUCCCUGAGGCUGACAGACAGAGUUCACCAGGAUGCCAGAUAGAUGUUGGAAUGUCAUUCAGCUGAUGUAGACCAAAUCAUUGUUUAACAUUUCUAAUCAGCCGAGUCUAAUCAAUCUACAAUUGUAUUAAAACACAGCCACUCACCAGAAUUGUGUUUACAGCAAACUCAGAAUGAAAUGUUAGGAUUACCUUGUGAUGGAUGGGACUUUGGAGUUGAAUUUCCAGCCAAGAACUGUAGCAACUUGGUGGUAGUCGAUAAACAACUGUGCCUUCAUGGACGGAUCUGGUCUCAAGUGUAGAGUUGAGAAUCUUAAGAAUCUGCAAAUGUCUCUUAAUUGUCAGCAGCAGCCUUUGAACAGUUAGGAACAAGUCGUCAGUCUGGCUUUGACAUGUGCACUUUGGUCUGAACUGUGUGGUAUCACCUGCAGGUGAUCAGGUAGGCAACAUGUUUGAGACAGUGUAUACUAUACUGGUGACAGAUAAUAAGCCUCACUGUUUGAGAAGCAGCUUCCUCUUCCUGUGCAGUCAGUGAACAGUCAUGAAUGUGUCCUACCUGCUGUUGAAGGCGUCCUCAUGGGCGGAUCCAAGGGGUGGCCAAGGGUGGCCAAUUGGAUUGUGGAGGUGGCCAGUACCUGCCAGAGGCACAAUGUGAUGCUUGUCAGUAUUAAUGAAAAAUUAAAUAUAGAGUCAAAUUGUUGCCUUAAAUACGACAAACAUUCUUCUGGUCAAACUAUUUCAAAUUGGUCCAAUUUUAUAUCAUGCAUGCCGCGUGAUAUUUGGAUUUCUCCAGCUGUGGAGUACUAGACAUGAUUAACCUUGGGGGCAGAGAUGGGUGCUAAGCAUUAAAAAUUACUUUCUUCCAUGUUUUUCAAAUGUGCCAACCUGACCACCCCACUCAAAAUGUUCUACAUCCGCCCCUGGGUGAUGCAGAAGAGUGAACUGGGAAACUAAAAAGAAAGCAACAUAAACAGAAAUCACGUGGAUUUGUAGCUGUAACCACAGAGGAGCCAGUCAUUGGAGGCGUUGAACCCUCUCAUGUCACUUUGCCAGGCUGUUUCUGAUCGACAGAUGUUGUUAUAGACAAAAAUGUUGCCUAUUGUUUCCUAUGGUGUCGUGUUCUUCAUAAAAAGAAGGAAUUCCCACACAGUCGAACAUGUUACUAAAGUUCACCGUCACUGUUUAAGCGUUUUUCAACGUGCUGUGCGUGAACCAGGCGGCUGAGACGUUGUACUGUCAGAAUGAAAGCCGUCUGUCCAGUGUCCGCCUGUCUCCUCUGAUGUUGCACGUGACUGAAGAUGUGGGUAUUCUUCCUUCUCUUCCACAGCUGUUUGUUUAGUGGCUGGCUUCUGUCAACUGAAUAUUUAUCAGUA